AUGAAUCCAUCAUCCAAGACCGAGUUCUUUGUUGUCUGCGGUGGCAGCAACCCCAAAGAGGACGUAUGGCAGUUCGCCGACUUCUUCGCCAUACUACGUGAGCUUGAGAUCAAUUUCGACUACACCGUCACCACCACAGCAUGGAACAUGUUUCCGUAUGAAGAGUAUUUCAAGACCUACAGUCUUGACAAGCACAAGGAUGAGGUUUGGUUUGGCUACAAGCAUCCUGGCUUUCGAGUCGAUCCUGCAUUUCGCUUCAAGAAAGGCGACCCUACUCCAUGGAAAGAUUGGGACAAGGAUUCAACUCCUAAUAUGGACAAGAAGAUCUUGCAACAUAUUGAGCAACGCAGCCUCAAGGCAGGUGAUCGAUUCAACUUCAUCUUCAUUGGUCACAGCUAUGAGGAGGGCGAUUUCGAGGUUGGAAACCAGAAACUGCUUCGCAAAGAUCUGGCAAAGUCCUUCAUUCGUUUCUCUCCUGACGUUCAGGUCAAUAUCAUAGUUGCUUCAUGCUGGUCUGGCAAGCUCGUAAACCAGAUGCGCGACCUUGGAAGUAAAGGCCAAUACGUUCAGAGCUCCACGACUGCGGAUCUGAUGAGCUGGUCCUAUGGAAGGAGAGUUGUCAGUGAUCCUCUUCGCGGAUCGCCCUUCAUCGCAUCCAUCAUAGAAUCUAUGCACGGUUGGGUUGGAGAAAAGAGCAAGGCUCCCAGAACUCUGGGCGAGCACAUCGAACACGUUCGCAAACGCGGUAUCUGGUUUCACGAGCCAAAGUCGAUCCCUCAGGCAUUCACCAACGUCGAUCUGCAUGUGGCGGUUGUGCAAGUAUUAUUCGCGCACUAUGUGCAUCUGAAGCCUAGUGAUUCGAAAGGUCGCAAAACAGCAAUGGUCAUCGAUCCCGGAUAUCCAGCCCCCAACUCGACCUAUGGUCCGACAUUCCAGCCUCAGCAGGCGCCAGCGGCUGCAAAUAGAGCACUCGAGCUCGUCAAGAAAGAGAUGGCAUUGGUAAAGAACAACUCCAAUCCUGGACACCCUCGAGACCUUGGCUUCGGAACUCUUCUGCAAGUUGCUGGAUCUUCCUCAAAGAGUGUCAAAGAGCGAAUGCACCACCUCAUCAUCAUGCUCGACGGACUCAAAUGGCGCUUUCAAAUGCAAGAGCGACUGAUUCUUAUCUGGGACGAACUCGUGAAUUACGAGGUUCUUUCUACAGAGUGCAUUAUGAGGAGGAUGGAACUGGAAGCAGCCAUGCAAUCUGAUCCAGUUCGCAUUCUUGCUAGAGCUCUUCGUCUCUUCGAGUAUGCACAAGACUUCGACGACUCAGCUCGCGGCACGAUCGAGAAGUUUCCCAAGGACACCAUCAGAGGAAAGUUCCAAGAGCCUACAUACUGGCUCGCCACUUUGCUCUUGCGCUGCGACACUGACAAUGUCCCGGGAGUUGUCAGCUGGUUGAGAAAGAGCAGGCUGCUUGGUGGUAUAGCAGCUGAUGCCGAGGUCCAAGAUCUUGAAGGAAUUGAGAAGCUGGAGAAGGAUAGCACAUACCUCUUGUGCCCAGACGUAACUCCGCGCGCCAAUGACUUGAGGAGCUGCCGCAUAGGGUUCAUUCUUCCACACGGCGAGAACCUCAAGACUUGGGCAAGGGCGACGUCUAUCCGGUAUGCAAAUCUCAGGAAUGUCUAUCGUGAGCUGUGUGGUCAGCGAUCCUGGGACAUGGAUGAAAACUUCAGGGGAGCUUUGGAAGAGAUGACUCAAUGGGUUCCUUCCGAUUAUGAGACUGUGUUGAAGAGCAAGGCAGAGGAGAGUAAGUAG